CACACACAGACUGCAAUGGGGGCUUUGCAGAUUGCUGGAUUUUGCAUUCUCUUCUUUCUCAUCCACUCUGGAAACACGUUGGCAAAUAAAGCCAGCCAAGAUGUUGACGAAUGCGUCGAGGGGACUGACAACUGCCACAUUGACGCCCUCUGCCAGAACACCCCCAAAUCCUACAAGUGCAUCUGCAAGUCCGGAUACUCCGGGGACGGGAAGCAUUGCAAAGACGUCGAUGAGUGCGAGCGGGACGACAACGCUGGCUGCGUCCACGACUGUGUCAACAUCCCGGGGAAUUAUCGCUGCACCUGCUACGACGGCUUCCGCCUGGCGCACGAUGGCCACAACUGCCUGGAUCUGGAUGAGUGCUCGGAGGGGAACGGCGGCUGCCAACAGACCUGCGUCAACAUGAUGGGGAGCUACGAAUGCCACUGCCGGGACGGCUUCUUCCUGAGUGACAACCAGCACACCUGUAUCCAGCGCCCAGAAGAAGGAAUGAACUGCAUGAACAAGAACCAUGGCUGUGCCCACAUCUGCCGGGAGACCCCCAAGGGGGGCAUCGCCUGCGAGUGCCGUCCGGGCUUUGAGCUCACCAAGAACCAGCGGGACUGCAAAUUGACCUGCAACUAUGGAAAUGGAGGAUGCCAACACACGUGUGACGAUACAGACGAAGGGCCCAAGUGUGGCUGCCAUGUGAAGUUUGUGCUGCACACUGAUGGGAAAACGUGCAUAGGGGAGAGGCACCUCCAGCAACACGUUACCCCCCAGACGUUUUCUAAUGAGACCUGCGCCGUGAACAAUGGGGGCUGUGACAGCAAGUGCCAUGACGCAGCCACGGGUGUGCACUGCAGCUGCCCAAUGGGCUUCAUGCUGCAGCCAGACAGGAAAACUUGCAAAGAUAUUGACGAGUGCCGGCUGAACAAUGGCGGCUGCGACCACAUCUGCAGGAACACGGUGGGCAGCUUCGAGUGCAGCUGUAAGAAAGGCUACAAGCUGCUGAUCAACGAAAGGACCUGCCAAGAUAUUGACGAGUGCUCCUUCGACAGGACCUGUGACCACGUCUGUGUCAACACCCCGGGGAGCUUCCAGUGCCUGUGUCACAAGGGCUACAUGCUGUACGGGCUCACCCACUGUGGAGACAUUGAUGAAUGCAGCAUCAACCGAGGAGGCUGCAAAUUCGGCUGCGUAAACGCCCCUGGCAGCUACGAGUGUACCUGUCCAGCCAGCUGCAAACUGCACUGGAACAAAAAGGACUGCAUAGAGCUGGUGAAAUGCCUGACGGGCCCCAUCUCUCACCGGGCCAUGCUCACCUGCAACAAGAACGGCAAGAAGGACAGUUGCUCCCUCACCUGCAUCUCCAAGGCCCGCUUCCUGCCAGAGUCCGACAGCAGCUACACGGUGAGCUGUGGGACGCCCAUCCUGCACCAGGGGGCCCAGCAGAGGCCUGGCAACAGCAGCCAUCACUGCGUGGAGACUGUCGCUGCUCCAAUCAAACAAAAGGCUUCCUUCAAGAUCAAGGACGCCAAGUGCCACCUGCACCCGCGCGUGAAGGGGAAGCAGGAUGAGUCGGGGAAGCACGCAGCGCCAGGCGGGGCGGCCCCCUGCUCAGAUUGCCAGGUGACCUUCGUGAACCUCAAGUGCGACUCAUCAAAGAAGGGCAAAGGCCGGCGGGCCCGCAACUCCCCCAACAAGGAGGUGACACGCAUCACUCUGGAGUUUGAGGCAGAAAUCAAACCGGAAGAGGUCACAGCCAGCUGCAAUAUUAACUGCCUGCGGCAGAGGGUGGAGAAGAAGCUGAAGUCUGCAAUCAAGGCCCUGAAGAAGUCCAUAAACCAGGAGCGAUUCCUGAUCCGCUUCGCGGGCAUGGAUUACGAGGUGGCGCGGAAGCUGAGCAUGUCCCCGGAGAGGCAGGAGAGCUGCGGGCCGGGGCAGCAAAGGCUAGGAUCCAAGUGUGUUAGCUGCCUGCAGGGAAUGUAUUACCACGGUCAGAUGGAGCAGUGUGUCCCUUGCCCCCCAGGGACCUACCAGGAGAAAGAAGGCCAGCUCUCUUGUGACCUUUGCCCUGGAAGCGAUGCGUAUGGCCCGGCCAGAGCAACAAACAUAACCACCUGUGCAGGUCAGUGUCCCCCCGGCCAUCACUCAGUGGACGGCUUCAUACCCUGCCAGCCGUGUCCCCGGGGCGCCUACCAGCCCGAAGCUGGGCGAGCUCUGUGCUUCCCUUGCGGUGGGGGGCUGACCACCAAACACGAGGGAGCCUUCUCCUUCCAGGACUGCGAUACCAAAGUUCAGUGCUCCCCGGGUCAUUACUACAAUACCAGCGUCCACCGCUGCAUCCGCUGUGCCGUGGGCACCUACCAGCCAGACUUCCGCCAGAAUUACUGCAUCACCUGUCCCGGCAACACCACCACGGAUUUCGACGGCUCCACGUCCGUGUCCCAGUGUAAAAACCGCCAAUGCGGAGGGGAGCUGGGUGAAUACACUGGCUACAUCGAGUCUCCCAACUACCCCGGCAACUAUCCCGCCAACAUCGAGUGCACCUGGAACAUCAACCCUCCCCCAAAACGCAAGAUCCUCAUCGUGGUCCCGGAGAUCUUCCUACCAUCCGAGGACGAGUGCGGGGAUGUCUUGGUCAUGCGGAAAAACUCCUCCCCCUCCUCCAUCACAACCUAUGAGACGUGCCAGACGUACGAGAGGCCCAUAGCCUUCACCGCCAGGUCCCGCAAGCUGUGGAUCAACUUCAAAACCAGCGAGGCCAACAGCGCCAGGGGCUUCCAGAUCCCCUACGUCACCUACGACGAGGAUUAUGAACAGUUGGUGGAGGAUAUUGUCCGGGAUGGCAGGCUGUACGCCUCUGAAAACCAUCAGGAAAUAUUAAAGGACAAGAAGCUGAUGAAGGCUUUCUUCGACGUGCUGGCUCAUCCACAGAACUACUUCAAGUACACAGAGAAACACAAGGAGAUGUUACCGCGCUCGUUCAUCAAACUCCUCCGCUCCAAAGUCUCCAGCUUCCUCAGGCCUUACAAAUAGCCCCCAGGCAUUUCCACCCGCCCCGUGGGCCGCCCUCCAGCCAAGGAAACUUUCUUUUGCUCUUAUUUGAUGGUUUUUGGGUUUUUUUUCCUAAACAGCUUUUUAAACAAACAGAAUCCCCAUCUCUCACUAUGCAGACGACUCUAAACAAUUUCUCCUUGGCUUUCUUCAAACUCAUCUCAGCGCUGACUUUGUCUCCAGCACGGGCGGUCUGUAAUCUCAAGGCAUCCCAUGCUCUGUUUUACUACGGUGGUGCAGCCCAUAACGAUUACCAGUCCCAGAUGGGGAUGCUCCUUCUCAGCCCAAGUGGCCUCUACAUGCUGAGGCAGCUGCGACCUGCUCUGUUUUAUGCAACUUAAGUGUAGCCACUCUGGUUGCCUUUGUGGCCCGUUGGAUAGCCCUUGAUUACUACACAUCUGCGUACAAAUCUGUCUCUGUUCCUAGGCGCCAUAAACACACCUACAGAGCCUGUACUCCUGGGAUAUAGUUUGGUAUUUUUGUUUCUGCUGUGGGGCUUUCUCCAGCUGCCAAAGCAAAGGAAAGUUGCUGCAGCCAGAAGGGGCUGUUUCUCAAAGAACUGAGCGCAAAGGAAGCCCUGAAUGUGGAAGGUAAUGCCUUAUUUAUCGCAGUGUUGUGGUUUAAAAAUAUAUAUAUAUCAACACAGCUUUGCAGGGGGGAUCGGGAAAAAAAUAUACUUUUUUGUUAAAAAAGAAUACUUAAAAAAAAAAAAAAAAAAGACAACGCUGAAAAGCAUCACAGCAAAUGGCAGUUCCAGUGGGCGGAAGGGAGAUCUGCAUCUCUCCAGGGAGUUGGGUUGGUCUCUCUGCACUUGAAGACAGCAUGGCCAAGCCGCGUUCUUGUAGAACAAUGGAUGAAUGGGAGAAAAAAGGUAAUGAACGAGAAGCCUUUCAGAUGGAUUCAUUUUUUUUCCCCCAUGGACACUUGUGCCAAGAGACCAGACUCUCUUACAAGCUCUGCCAAAGAGUAACUCGUCGACAGAAAAGCAAGCGAUGUGAAGAGCAGGAGUAAAUGUUUGUGCACUAGGAUAUCGUCCUUUCUACCUUUUUCAUAUGUAUUAAGUGCAAUCAUUUGAGUCUUCUUUAUAUUAUUUAGAGGGAAGUUUUUUCUACUAGAAACUACAAUAUUUAUACCUGCCUGAGAAAUGAGAAUGUGUGUUUGUAACAAACAAAAACAAACCAAGGCUUCAAUUAACAGUGACCCAAACGUGAUGACGUUUUCAGACUUUGGAAUCUUUUCUUCUGAUAUUGGUCCCUAAUAAGGCAAAUCCACUUGAUGUUCCUUUUAUCAUUGACACUUUUAUUCCGUCCUCCCCCUUAAAUCAGUUGAAUCUUUCCCUGAUGACUGGAAAGCACAAGAUCUUUUCCCAUCCACAGGUGUCUCCAGUGUGGUCACUUUGUGCUAGGUCUCCGCUAUUGGAUACAGAGUUACCAGUUUACGCUUGGUUGCCGGUUACACUCCUUUGCUCUGCAGCAUGAAUUUCUAGAACCCAGAAUGCUAAAGACUCUCAAACUUCUGUCAUUCGGGCUAACAGAUUCUCUCCGUUAGCUGCAGUAAUAUGGAGACUUAUCUUGUUGUCAGUAGGUCUCCAGGCAUGAACAGCCUGAUUCUCCUCUCGUUCACCACAGUGUAAAUCAGGAGUAACUCCACUGAAGUUAAUGGAGUUACAUCAUCAUAAAAACAGCAUGAGGGGAAGCAUGAGGCUCCAGCCAGGCUUCCCUUCACACUCAUCUCCUGUGUCUCAGUGAACUUCAGUUUGGUUUGUAAGCAGCCCCUGGGGCUGAUCUCACCAGCUUUAGCUGUAGUCUGCUUUAUAUGAGUGCUUGUUUAUAUUUUCAUGAAGAAACCAGCUAAUCUGUUUCCAUUUCCCGAAGAGUUGGAAGAAGCAGGGCAGGAUAUUGAGCCUGAUCCUGGAGGCAAAAUUCCCAUUGACUUUUAUGGGAGUUCUGUAUGAAUUAGGAAUCGACGAAUGAGGUGCAGAGAAACUCAGUGCAUGUUCCCAUGACUGUCCAUUUUGCUGGGACAUUGUUAUAUUAAACCGCUUGGGGAACCUAAUGGCCAAAGCUCCAUCAGACCCUUAGUUAAUUCAGCCUUGAAAAGUCAUCGUGUCUUUGGGGGAGAUGCAGAAGUGCCAUUGGAGUCCAAUGAAAUGUGCUUCUAAAUCCCUUAGGUGCUUUUGAAAAUCCGCUGCCUCCUGCAGGGGUUCUCAAACUUAAUCACAGUGCAGGCCACAUCUCACUAGGGAGGUUGUCUUGUGGCCAGCUCCCCUUCCAUGUGCAAUCACAGAGCUUCCAGGGGCCAACUCCAGCAGUUGCCUCCAUGAAAAAUACUAAUAUUUAAGCCAGCGUUUUCAAAAGUGGCCACUGACCUUGGGAGCCUCCAUUUUGGAGCCCAACGUGAGACACCUUAGGCCAGCUGAGCUCCUGCUGCUCCCUUUGAUCACGAUUGGGCUUUAAUGGCUGCAAGUAUCACCCUGUCUAUUGAUGUCUUGCCAAUCUCCAUCUCUGCCAUAGCCCCACAUCUCAUCUGAUGUCUCAUCAGCUAAAACUGAAUGUAGCCAAAACUUCUCUCCCAUUAGCACUUCUCCUUCUUUCAACAUUGAGAUGCUAUCUGGCUCCUCACUCUCCCUUGCCCCAGGCACCCAGGCCAUUUCCAAAUCCUGCCACUCCUUCCUUGUGAACCUAAGAGCUGUUCUUUACCUGCCAUCUCUGCAGCCAGAUCUCGGUCAGGCCCUUAUUAGACUCUUCCUCUGGCCUCCCGUGUCCAUGCGCACCACCGUGCAACAUGCAGAUAGCACCACUUUGCUGGAUCUCCAUCCGCAAUCACGUCACCUUUGUCCGCGGUGGUACCUAACUCUGCCUUUUCCUUCUUAUCCUCCCUUGUCUGGCUUCAUGUCGCCCCCCAACCUCCACUCCACCACUAUUCCUGCCCGGUUGUCAGCCUCUAGCACAGUCACCUUUGUGCCUUCUUCUGGGCAGCCCCCUAUGCCCGGUGCAAUCUCAGUGACCACAUCCUGUCCACAUUUAAGUCUCUCUUUAAAGACCCACUUCUGCCAUGUGGUGAAUCCAGUUGACUUGUAUACAGGUUUCCUAUUUGUUGUUCUUCACUUCCCGCAGUCUCUGUCUCCUUGUGUCCUUUGACUGUGAGCAACUUGGGGCAGGGACAGUUCCUUCUUGAACAUCCGGAAAACACAUAGCCCAUUGGAGGCACCACCAUCAGCUGAUUAGUUAUUACCCAACACACUCUCAUGGCUGUUAGCAGAUAGAAGGGACAGGGUGCUGGGUUCUCUCUUGAGCAGAUGAUAGCUGAUAUCCCAUAUUUUCUCUCCCCCCCCCCCGCCCAAUGUUUGGCUAUACAGCUUUGUUCUGCUGCUGCCCCCAGGAGUCCAUUCACUGUAUUCAGAGUAACAGCCGUGUUAGUCUGUAUCCGCAAAAAGAAGAACAAAAAUAGUGGUGUUAGAGAGCUGUCUAGCAGCCUCCUGGUCAUAUUCCAAUUUAUUCAUGAUGACGACAGCACCUCCUUUGUCAGCCUUUUUGAUUCUUCUAUUCACUGUAUUGUAUCAUCCCAUCACUCGGCUGAGUGAUGCUCAAUUCUAUCCCCUUCAUCCUGAGUGCAUCUCUCAUGAGGGGUUGGGCUUUUUCAUGCCAUCUGUGUAUUUGCCCCAAGUCCUCUGAUAAGUUGGAUGCCUGCCACAGCACUGGUAUCUGCAGCAGACUCCCCAGUGGAAAAGGCACAAGAUCUAUUUUGGGGGUUCAGAAUGCAUGCAGCACUGCCUAGAGUAUAUAGGUGUUUAAAGGGACAUGAUCAAGUCUAAAAGCCAAAUUUCAGGUAUGGUUUAAAAAAAUAAAUCCCCAAAUCUGAUGUACAUAGAAGUGUUUCUAGGGCUAUUUAAAACCAUGGAGCCUCUUACAUUUCAAAAUGAGACUGCAGCAGUCUGACCCCAAACACAUUUUGGACAAGAUUUUCAGAAGUGACGUGUGAUCUUGGGUGAUUCCUGGGAUGCCUUAAAAGCACCCCAAUUUUCACACAGGGCAGUGCACCCUCCCUCUGAAAAUCAGGCCUUAAGGUGAUAGAAGUUGAGCCCUCAUUGGAAAUUCUUGGCCUUUUAAUAAAUUUUUGUUUGCAUAAUCUGAGGGCCUGAUCUUGCAGCCUUAGUGCCACAAACAGUCCUUCGACAGCAGUCCUGUUGAGGCCUACAGCCCUCAUCCUGUAAAAAUCGUAGUAUGUGCUUUGGUAACCAGCCCUUAAUGGUACUACCUUGAAGGGAUUGCAGGUUCAGACCAUCUAGUUGUGACUUACUACCACAGGUAAAUAAUUAUUUCCUCCAUAAUCUACAGCAUGUUCUGUUAACUAGUCACUUAAAUACAUUUACUGCAAUGGGAAAUCUUGACUGUAUUAUGCAGCCAGCUGUUAGGAUGGACAUAGUUUUGGAGGCCUGAUUCAUAGAACAUGCCACUGACUGGUGUUUCCUUCAGACAAUCCUUUUGGGGACUAUGAGGAAGAUCUUACCAGAUGUUCUGUACACCAUCAAACCCUGCUUCAGUUCCUUGUGCUACAUCUGGCCCUGCCCCCAGGCAAGAAAAUGUUUGAAAGGCUGAAAACUCCAUCACCCACUUUCUGAUGUACUGAAUGUUUCAACAUAGUAAACAAAGGGUUGGUUUUAAAAAAGGCAAAAAAAGUUGGAAUAUUUAUAUCUGUCUUUUGCAGUGGGCCACGAUUUAGCAUCUCCCACAAAAUGAUUAAGUGAUGGAAAAAAUGUAGUUCAUAAAGUUAUUUGCACUUGAUUAAAAAAGUUGUAUCUGAACUUUGUAAAAAGAAAUGUUUGCAUUUUGUAUUGUCUUUUUAAUUAUUAAAUUGAAUUUCUUGGU